AUGUCGACUUAUGUCAGACCCCUCUCGGAGAGCGAGAGACAGAGAUUAAGCGAGUUUCAGGACAUGAUCCACUACUCUGUGCGUUACAGCACUGACGAAUACGAAUAUAGACAUGUGAUGCUCCCCAAGCAGAUGCUCAAGUAUCUGCCAAAGGACUAUUUCAACAAGGAGACAGGAACGCUGCGGUUGCUGGCUGAAGAGGAAUGGAGGUCAUUGGGAGUGAUGCAGUCGUUGGGAUGGGUCCAUUACGAAACUCAUACACCUGAACCUCACAUACUGCUGUUCAGACGUCCAUUAGCUACAGCUCAUUAG